GAUUGAUUGUUCGAUUGGCUGCUUGUCGAAUUUGUACGGCAACUGAUUAUUUCAAUAAAUUGAAUUUCAUAUGCUAUUUCACGUGGUUCCUCGCGUUAUCGUCGAUAUUAAUUGGUGUAAUCUUCUAAUCAAUCCGUUUAUUUUCCUAAUCCUCGGUCCUAUAGUUUGCAAGGUGUGCAUAUACAAGGAGGGUUCGCUUACUCGGUGCUAUGUCUACUACGUACUCCCGUACUCAGGAGAGCGACGCGUGGGCCCUUCUGGCACUGAAGUCGGCACCGGCCAGCCCGACGAAGAUGCAGUGGAACCCGGAAGCAAAAGGUGCACCGAUUGCACGGUUAGAAGGUCGCGAGUUUGAAUACAUGGUUAGACAGCAUAGUAUCACUAUCGGACGUAACAGCAGCAAGGGUGAGGUCGACGUCAACAUGGGCCACUCCAGCUUUAUCUCACGACGACACCUUGAAAUCUACUAUGAUCACCCGUAUUUUUUUAUGGUUUGCAAUGGUAAAAAUGGUGUUUUUGUUGAUGGAAUUUUCCAACGAAAGAGUGCGGCUGAGUUCCGAUUACCAAAGACAUGUACAUUGAGAUUUCCAAGUACAAAUAUAAGACUUGUAUUUCAAUCGUUAGUAGAUGAACAAGAAGAAAGUAACGUAUGUGUACGUUCUCCUCCAAAACAUAGAGCACCAUUACCACCUUUACGUAUUAAUAUUCCGGAUGCAGGCUAUAGUAGCCCAUUCCCUUCUCCUACUGGAACAAUCAGUGCUGCUAAUUCAUGUCCUGCAAGUCCACGUGCAGGACAAGGAAGGAGAAACAUAUCAGCAGAUCUACAGAUGGUGGCUGUGUAUGCAGCUGCUGUUGCAAAUGACUCACAAAAUUCUAAUAUGGAUAGACACGAGGGUGGACAAAGUUCUAAUAGACAAAUAAGUCCCGGUACAACAGCGAAUUGUAGUCCUCCGAAAGAUGAUUCUAAACCUCCAUACUCAUACGCGCAGUUAAUCGUUCAGGCAAUAGCAUCUGCUGCAGAUAAACAGCUUACGUUAUCUGGCAUUUAUUCUUACAUUACCAAGAAUUACCCAUAUUAUAGAACUGCAGAUAAGGGAUGGCAAAAUUCAAUAAGGCAUAAUCUUUCGUUGAAUCGUUAUUUUAUCAAAGUACCAAGAAGCCAAGAAGAACCAGGUAAAGGAUCUUUUUGGCGAAUAGAUCCUCAAUCGGAAGCAAAACUUAUAGAACAAGCAUUUAGACAAAGAAGACAACGUGGAGUUCCAUGUUUUCGAGCUCCUUUUGGACUUUCAUCCAGAAGUGCGCCUGCUUCUCCGUCUCACGUUGGAAUUAGUGGUUUGAUGACACCAGAAUGUCUUAGCAGAGAAGUUUCGCCAGGACCAGAAUCGUAUCCAGAUAGCACUGUAUCUUCUCCGGCUGGUCAGUUGACUAGUCAGUCCGCACCAGGAUCACCUGGUCAUCCUUAUGCAUCCUCGAGUCAAUCGUCUCACAAAGGUCGCCUAAUGCAACAGAUUACUGUUGUCACGAACGGUGUUAGUGGUGAUACAACCAGAGAAGAUAAGUACGUCGUAUCUGGAAAUACUACAGAAGAGCAUUCUCUUUCCCCAGCUGGUCAAUAUAGUCCAGCUCCUGUUAUUGUACAGACCACGUAUAAUUAUAGUGGAAGCUUUAUUGGUCCCGACGCAGGCGUCGGAGUUGCGAAGCGUUCACACGAGGAAUCGGAUAGUUCUCCCGGAUCACCAGCACCGCUCGCCAUUGUCGAAAGUCCUGAACCACCUGAACACCAACCUCCAUCGACGAAACGUCAACGUGUUCAUGAUAUGGACGACCACUGAACCAUCGUUGUCCUAGACUAUCGUUACGUAGGACAUUUUUUGUUACAUCGCGCUACUCGCUCAUUGUCAAAUAUAUCUGCACGCGCGUGUACCUCACACUUGUUCGUGUGUGCGUCCGUAAACACGUGCACGCUUAAUGUUCAGAAUUUCGAAUCGAUGCCCAUAUCCAUACCACGUUUAAAUCUCUCCAUACAUUUUCAUCUUUGAUGCGUGCGCGCCGACAAAUACGUACAUGUACACACUCAGUUCUGUACUGUUUUUCAUUUGACCACAUAGUGGUUACUUUAUUUUCUGCGCAUGAUAAAUACUCGAUACAGUUUACUGUUUUACGCAACAAGUGGAAUAUUCGUAAGAAAAGCGAGAGCAGACAAAGUUAUUCCCUCGUCUCAGAUUCUGAAAGCUAGUUUUGAUGUUGUAUCUUUUCUUUUCUCCAACUUUUGAACUUGAAUCAACUGCUGAUGUAAUACCAGGGUUAUUCAGUCGUCAUGAUCAUCAGUAUGCACAUACACGUGUUUCGUUGAGUAAAUUUUUUAUGUUUUUUUUUGAUGACAUACAGGUACAAGGAGGCGACGGGAGCUUUGAUGUAUUUAUAAGGGAAUAAAUAUUUGUAAUACUCGUGGAAGAGUAUUAUAUAUAAGAAACAUCUUGGAUGAAGUUAUACCGUAGUAUAUUCGAAAGAUGUUGAAUCUCAAUAGAAGGAAAUAUUAUGUUAAAACAGCUCACGUUGUUCGCCUUAGUGCUUUGCAAAAGAAAAGGUCACCUGUUCUAGGACGAUGCCAAUACCGGUAAAUGAACUUAUUUGAGAAAUUUGUUGAAAAUUAUACAUAUUUUCAAUCGUAAAUAAGCUCAUAUGAGUUUGAAUUAUAAAGUUUUCCGCUCAUGAACCACGUUGAUCUGGUACACGUUGUUUUUGUUUAAUAUCCGGUUACUAUUGGUUAAAAAAGAGGAAUAUUCACUGGUUCUUUCCGAUUCUUCGAUCUCGUCGAUUGAUUGUUCACGUUGUAUGAAUCGAUCAAUGAAAUUGAUUAUGACGCAAUUCGCGUUCAGUGAAAAUGCUCGCGAAUCGUAGAGACAAACUUUAGAUUGUAGUUCUGCGUAUGAUUUUACAAAGUUUCUAUUUAAAAAGAAAGAAAUGAAAGAACGAAGAGAAAAGAAAAAGAACAAGCAAUAAUCUUAUGCUGAAUACGUCGAUCGAAAUUUCUUUCUGACGUGCCUGUUUAUCUAACGAAGAUAUUAACAUACUAUAAUCAUACAGGAAGAGGUGAUAGUAUUUUUGUUGCCACUUGUAAAUAAACUCUUAAACGAACAUUCAUUGCUUCGAACUGUUUCUCUCUGUGUUGAACAAAAUCGAGAAAUGUCUGCUUGCUCUCGUGGUACGAGAUGGAUGAACAAUAAGAUGAAAUGAUAAUUUAAAAUGACGAUCAAGUGUAAAAUUCAAAAUUAUGUAACGAUUAGCUCAAACUGGAGUAAUUCUAUCAGGACUUUUUCAAUUUUUUUUUCGGUUUUCAAACUUGACAGGAACGCAUUUCGGUUGCGCAUUUGGAUUGACAUAGCAAAACGAAAGAGUUGUAUUCAGUUUUUCACUGUCGAUAAUUAUUGUAUUGCAAAAUCAAAUUAAAUAAAUGUUAUUCUGUUUUUCA